ACACCAACUAUAUUGAAAAGUACUUGUGUAGUGAUGCUAACAAUUAUCUUAUCAAUAACUAAACAAGUACAGUUGAUAUAGUUGAGGCUCAAUCAAAAUAUGGUUUAGAGUAGAAUUUGUGGUGUCAACCCAUAGGGAUUAUCGCUUUACUAAUUCCUUCCCUAGCAUAAUGGGAGAGAGAAUUUUCAUGUUGUCAAAGAGUUAAACAAUGCUUUUUUUGUGUUGAUAAAGAGUUAAAGCAAUGAAAAUAGAUGGCGAGUACUUGAUCGAAUUGAUAGAGUCGUAUGAGAACAAUAUGAAAGUCUACCGUUAGGAUGCCUCAACUGCAUAUCUCGACUUUUGACAUACAAAUGUAUUUGCCCUAUCUCCUUUGUAAAUGAUUUCUCCAUAAUGGCUAUGAACAAUUGUUCUCAUAGUGGCCAAAUAAGGUUUAGCUAAUCUUAUUACUAUAAAGUGCCACAACAAGCACAACCCUUGUUUUUAGUUGCCACCAUAGGCUUGGAACCCUACACGUACUGCAGGUUAAGCUGGAGGAAGGUGAAGAUGCAAGUCAUCAUGCCCCUUGUGCCCUGGGUGACACAAGUGCUACAAUGGCCCUCAUCAGGCCUAUAUGAGAUCCUAACAAGGUCAUGACAUGCUGAGCCACUCAAGUCUGUUAGUGGUUCCAAACUCAGCUGUGGCAAAUAUGUAACCUACAUUAUAUUAUAUGGUUAAAAAUUGCAAUUAGGGCCUGAUCUUAACUUGCACGUUUCAAACUAAAGCGCAUACUUUUGUGGUUGAAAGUCUGAAGCGCCAUUUUAGACAAACUCUGACACAUAUGAUGUUUGAUUUUUGUAUACUAUUAUUUGUUUCUAUAAUAUUUAUUCUUAAUGAUUGAUCAUUUUUCUUCCAUGUUGUUUGAAUGAAAGACACUCCUGCAGCAAAAGAUCACUGUCUCCUUCUACACCAACUUCUGUGGGUAGAAAUAAAGGACCUAGAGUUCCUAACUUGAAAACUGGUGCCAAGCCCUCUUUGAUCCCAAACACCAGUCAUACUAUGCAGCUUAGCAAUGGUGAUGCUAACUUAAAUGGGUUUGAUGUUGUUCGUUCAAUAAGAUCGAUGAACCAGGGGACGAAAAUGAUGGAAACUGGGGUUUCUGGUUAUUGUGAGGAUAUUGCUUCUGAAAUGGACGGCAAAGGAGAGGACUCAGAGGAGAGCAGAGUGGCCUUGCAUUGUAGCAGGUUUGACAAUCAUCCGUAUGAAAAUACCGAUAGGGAGGACUACUUUCCAUCAAAUAAAAGUCACGUAACUGAGAACAACUCUGCACAUGGCCCUCCAAAGAUAAAUGAGAAUGCUUCUGGAGUUCUGCGUUAUGCUCUUCACCUUCGCUUUUUAUGCUCUUUACCUAAGAAAUGUUCAAGGUCAAUCCAGAAGUGCAAAUCUGAUUCCUUACAUGAACAAGUAACCAUGAAUAUGGAUGUGGAAGGAGGGCGGCGCUUCUACUUGUAUAAUGAUUUAAGGGUGGUCUUUCCACAACGCCAUAUGGAUGCUGAUGAGGGCAAGUUACAUGUGGAGUAUCAUUUUCCUUCAGAUCCAAAAUACUUCAACAUCAACAACUAAAAUGCUCAGUGCGCUAGAUAAGUACUCGUCUGUUGUCCUUGUACAUCUUGAUUUGGAUGAGAAAUGCAUGUAUAUACUUUUGUACAUAUAAUUCAGGGAUCUUAUCCUUGGGGAAAUUUCCCAAUUCCCAAUUUAAUUUUAUAAAUGAAUCUAUUCAGGAAUUAGUUGAUAUUUGGAAAGGAUGCAAUGCUCGGAACUUUUAAGAUUCUGAGAUGUCGAUGAUGAAGUUGAGAGCCAUUAUGUACAAAUCUCUUUAUAUUUGGAUGGCUGCUCAUAAAAGUUCCCACUCUUCUUAUGUUGUCGCAUUUAUGGAUCUAUGCUCAUGUUUAUCUCUAUUUUCUCUUGUAUUUUUAUUGUGUAUUUAGGUUGUACUCUCCGCUUUUUAAUACAGUUUGAUUGCUCACCUUUUUUUUUUUUUAAAAAAUAUUGUUUCAAAACUUGUAAAAUGAUGGAUUUUUCUUGGAGUUUUGAGUCUUCUAAAUAUGGAGAGCGAGCUCGCUUGCUUGCAUGCAUAAAUCCAUACCAUUAAUGUACGAAGGAAAAGCAUAAAAGAGUAUAAUUAAAGAAGUAAAUGUAGUAGUAGACAAGAUAAAAGGAGAAA